GCGAACGACGUCACUGACACGAGAGCGCGCGUGGACAGACGUGAAAACGAAAAGGGAGCAGUGCGGGCGAAUCGUCAUCGUUGUGGGCCACGGAAAAUGCGCUCGGCGUGUUGCCGCGAUUGCCAUGCGUCCCACAGCGAGUGACUCGCGUCUCCGGCCCAGAAAUAAACGACUUGGUUUGUUGUAGUAUACAGUGAUUGGAUUCCUCUGUGGAUUCAGCAACCCGUUGUUAUUGUGAUUGAGUUACCAGUGGUUCAGUGGGAAGAAUGUCACUAAAACCCAAGAGAGUAGAUUUUAAUCAGACAUGGCACGUAUUACAAGAGACUAUCAAGGGUGUGAUAACAUUGGCAAACAUCCCUCGCGCUAUAUGGAACGACAGAUUUAGCGACGUCUACUCCUUGUGCGUUGCAUAUCCUGAACCGUUGGCGGACCGUUUGUACGACGAGACAAAGAGGUUUUUGGUUAAUCACGUUGACCAUCUGCUAGUACAAGUGAAUUCGUACGAUGACAAAUGGGAUUUGCUCCCAGCGUAUUAUCGCGCCUGGACAGAAUACUCGCAGGGCAUUUACUAUUUGCAUAGCUUGUACUUAUACCUCAAUCAACAACACAUCAAGAAGCAGAAGCUCUCGGAGGCAGAACUUAUCUAUGGCACGAGUUUGCAUAAUAGGGAGGAAGAGUGCCAGGAACAGAUGGAGAUUGGGGAGCUGGGUUUGGACAUUUGGAAGAAAAAGAUGAUAAUACCGCUUAAAGAGAAACUCGUCUCCCUUCUACUUACGUGCAUCGAUGCCGAUCGAGAUUCAACGUUGCUCGAAUCGACCGACGUCAUUUGCGGUGUUAUUGGAAGUUUUGUUCGGGUAGAAGAGCACAAGAUGAAGGGGCAGUUAAACUUGUAUCAAGAAAUUUUCGAGGAACCUUUUUUGAAAGCUAGUGGAGAAUUUUAUACAGCAGAAGCGUCGUCGUUGCUGCAACAGUCUGACGUUACGCGUUAUAUAGAAAAAGUAACGUGGAGACUCGCUCAAGAAGAAGCACGCGCCUAUAAGUUCCUUCACAAGAGUUCUGUAGCGAAAGUCAAAGCAUGUUGCGAGGAUAAAAUGGUAGCCGCACACGUGGAUCUGCUUCAUGCAGAGGCUGAGUUAAUGAUAAAAAAUGAAAGCAGACGAGAUUUAGCUCUUCUUUAUCCAUUGUUGAGGUCCUUACCAGGAGGUUUAGAUCCACUUGUGCAACAUCUCACUCGUCACAUUACAUUACAAGGAUUACAGGCAAUCGGACCGUUGCAGGGAGAAAAUGUAUACAUGCAGUUUGUAGAGAACAUGUUAAAUGUACAUUCUAAAUAUUCAGAAAUGAUUAAGGAAGUGUUCAAUUCAGAUCAAAGUUUCGUAGGUGCUCUCGAUAAGGCUUGUUCCGCCAUCGUAAAUUACAGACCCGCUCCAAAACAGCCUGUCCGAGCUCCAGAAUUGCUAGCGAAAUAUUGCGACACUCUGCUGAAAAAGUCUCCGAGAGCUGCCUCCGAAAGCGAAAUUGAGGACAAAUUGAAACGCUCCAUAACCGUGUUCAAGUAUGUAGACGACAAGGACGUGUUCCAAAAAUUCUAUUCGCGUAUGUUGGCGAAGCGACUGAUACAUCAACAGUCGCAAUCGAUGGAUGCCGAGGAGAUGAUGAUCGACGAUCUAAAACGGGCAUGCGGUUACGAGUUUACGAACAAGCUUCACCGCAUGUUCACGGACAUGUCUGUUUCCGCGGACCUAAACGCGAAGUUUACGACGACCUUGCGGGAGGGCGACGGAGAGAAUCAAUUGGGUACCGGUUUCGCGGUUAAAGUGUUGCAAGCUGGUGCUUGGCCGCUCGGACUACCACCGUCGCCCGGUCCGUUCCACGUUCCGCAGCAGUUGGAAAAAUCCAUUCAGGCUUUCGAGACGUUUUAUCAUAUGCAAUUCAGCGGUCGAAAGCUCACGUGGUUGCAUCACUUGAGUCAGGGUGAGCUCAAGUUCAAUUACUUGAAGAAACCAUAUUUAGUCACCGUGCAAACGUAUCAAAUGGCGUUACUAUUGCUCUUCGAGCAUUGCGACGCGAUUCCAUGCAAGGAAGCGGCCGCCUCGUUACGUCUGUCGCACGAUCAACUGGUGAAACAUGCCGCCAGUCUUGUGGAUUGUAAGAUCCUCAAUAAGUCCAACGACGGCGAACUGGAGGAGGAUACCAUUCUCACGCUCAAUUUUAGUUACUCUAAUAAGAGAACGAAGUUUCGCGUAACGGGCGUGUUACAGCGAGACGCGCCACAGGAUGCAGAGGCUACGCACCGCAGUGUAGACGAAGACCGAAAGAUGUUCUUGCAGGCAGCUAUAGUUCGUAUCAUGAAGAGUCGUAAACUACUGAGACAUAAUCAACUUAUACAGGAGGUGUUGAGUCAGUCGAAAGUUACUUUUGCACCUUCUAUUGGAAUGAUUAAAAAGUGCAUCGAAACCCUGAUAGAUAAACAGUAUAUCGAACGUACGGCAAAUAGCGCGGACGAGUACUCAUACAUUGCGUAACCUUUUAACGUCUGUCACUAAUUUAUUUCACUCGAGAUGCGUCCCAAACAGCGUUCUGCUGAAAAUUGUGCUCGAAGUUGUGCUCGAAACUGUGCUCAGCGAGGCUAAUCGAUUAACUAUCUUCGAUAAUUAAAGCUUUGAAGAUAAUUAAUUGUAAAAAGAAAGAAAACAAUAAGUUGAAAAAAAAAAAAGAAAAUGAGCUGUCAAUGACAUUUGAAAGAUCGGGAAAAGCAUCUUAGACCGCUUAUUCGCUCCUAGGAUCAAUCAAUUAAUAAAUAUUUUAAUUAAUUUACUGACUUGUAACAUAUGCACACUGAAUAAAGUUGACGUUACUAUUUUAUAUUG